CGGCCCGUUCCUUUCCUUCCUUCCUCGCCCGAGCUGCCCACGCUUCCCUGCAUUAUUGCCCCUGCCCUGCCGUGCCGGACCGGACCGCGCGCGCAGUCCCGCACACUGCCGUUCGCUGGCUGCUCCUGCUCGGCUGCUGCAGCUGCGCCUCCUCUUCCUCCUCCUCGUGCAGACGCUCCCCGCUUGCCCCCACCUGCUCCCUCCCUUCCCGCUUCCCCUCCCUCGCGACACAUCCCGGUUUAUACAUAACCGCCGCGCUCAUCUCAAGCUAUCCUCAGUCUCCACUGGCCCCUCUCUAGCGGUCUAGCCUAGCUAAGCUACUGGACCUAGACGUAGAAGGUUCGAGUAGCGCAUUGGUAAUAUGGGGGAGGCGCCGAGGCCCAAGUCGCCGCCCAAGUACCCGGACCUGUGCGGCCGCCGGCGCCUGCAGCUGGAGGUGCAGAGCCUCAACCGGGAGGUCGGCUUCCUCGAGCAAGAGCUACAGGGACUUGAACGGAUGCAGCCGGUCUCGAGGUGUUGCAAAGAUGUCAACGAAUAUGUCGGUGCAAAGACGGACCCACUUAUACCAAUAAACAAAAGGAAACACAGAUCUUGCAGUCUCUACCGGUGGAUCAGAUCGAAGCUGUGCACCUGCUUUUCGUGCCUGUGCUGCUGGUGCCGAUGCCUGCCCAAGAGACCAAGCUGCUUCACCUGUUCGUGCUGCUCCUGCGGCGACACGUCGUGCUGUACACCGAGCUGCAGCUGCCUGAACAAGACCCCUUCAUGCUGCAAACCCCAAUGCGGCGGCGGCAGCUCCGAUUGCUGCAGCCUUCCCAGCUGCUGCGACUGCAAGACACAUUGCACAGGCUGCGGCGAUUGCCAUUGCCAGCCGCAGUGCUGCUGCAAGCCGAGCUGCUCGUGCUCUUUGCCCAGCUGCUGCUGUAGCCUCUCCUCCGGCAGCAGCUGCGGCUGCGCCGAGAAGUGCUCCUGCACGCCGUGCUUGGGCUGCCUGGGAGUCUUCUUCGAGCGGUGCCUCAGCUGCCGGUCGUCGUGCUGCAAGGGGCAGCAGCCGUCCUGCUGCAAGUGCCAGCUUUCGUGUUGCGAGGGAGAUGAGUCGUCGUCGUGCUGCGGCAGAGGGGCGUGUGACUCGUGCAAGUCGUGCUUCGGCGCGCCGUCGUGCCCGGAGUGCUCCUGCGGCUGCGUGUGCUCCUGCCCGAGGUGCAAGGGGGGGUGCCGGUGCCCGUCGUGCGGCAACCCGUGCGGUGCCGGGGGAUGCUUGUGCUAGACUCAGAUCGUCUCUUUAAUCAUCGCGUGGCUGCUAAGUAGUCUUCGUUUAAUUUGUGCUUAACUACUAGGCCUUUGGUUUGCGUAAAUCUUUGCUAUAGUAUAUGGGACUUCUUGCCUUCUUGGUAUUACUUACUGUAAAGAGCUAACUGUGGCGCCAAAGUGCUAGGAUCAAAUGAAACUGCGACUUGUAGCCAACAGAGGAGAUGCCCCGGCUCACGGAUGGAGUUAACUUCUUCGUUUUGUUCGGGAGGCCAAGGGUGCGGGACGGUU